UGGGUUUUCUGUACGAUGCCUUCUUUGGGGUCAGAUUUUUGUCUGUCUUAAUGCUAAUAUCAGAAGGUGGACGGCAGAUUAAAUUUUUGGUUAUUUUUGGAUCGAUUUUAAGAAAUGACGGCAUGCUGUUCAUUUGGAUUAAUCCCUCGUGGUAUGUCAAUAAAGCUUAGAAAAGCUGGCACUGAGUCGGGAAGUGGCUGUGUUUAGGGUUCUUCACGAUGAGUCGGAGGAGGAUAUCCUGUAAAGACCUGGGACAUGCUGACUGCCAAGGGUGGCUGUAUAAGAAAAAGGAAAAAGGAACUUUCCUGAGCAACAAAUGGAAAAAGUUCUGGGUAGUGCUGAAGGGAACAUCGCUAUACUGGUACAGCAAUCAAAUGGCAGAGAAGGCCGAUGGAUUUGUCAACCUGCCCGAUUUCACUGUGGAGAGAGCAUCUGAAUGCAAGAAAAAGCAUGCUUUUAAGAUCAGCCAUCCACAGAUCAAGACCUUUUAUUUUGCGGCUGAGAAUGCACAGGAAAUGAGUGUGUGGUUAAACAAGCUUGGGUUCGCUGUAGUCCAUCAUGAAUCUGUUACAAAGGAUGAAGAAUGCUACAGUGAGAGUGAACAGGAGGACCCUGAAAUCGCUGUGGAGACACCACCCCCUCCUUACUCUGCAGAGACUUUCUUUCCUUUGGCUGCACAGCAGGCAUCUUCCUCUUCACCCAAAUCUUGCUCUUCCUCUUCCUCGGAAAGUACAAUAAAGACAAACAGCAGUUUGGCCUCCUUAUCUAGAGAGAGACAGUCCUGGAUCGACAUGGGGAAUAGUUCCGCCACGGCCGAUGAUGAGGGACAGUCUAUAACAUUGGCUGUGCAGGUUCACUCAUCUGCGCCCUCAGAGGCAAACAGUUGCAGGGCUCUGGAAAACAGCUUUGCCACAUCAGAAAGUGGAUUUUUGAACUCUUUGUCUAGUGAUGACACGUCUUCACUGAAUAGCAACCUGGACCAUCUGAUUGUCCCAGACAAGCCCGCUGGAUCCAAUAUGGUGGACAGAGAAGAAACAAAGUUGUCUGAAGAUGAUGAGAUGGAGAAACUCUACAAAUCAUUAGAACAAGCCAGUCUCUCUCCCCUUGGGGAUCGUCGACCUUCAACUAAAAAGGAGUUGAGAAAGUCCUUUGUUAAGCGAUGUAAGAAUCCAUCCAUAAAUGAGAAACUUCACAAAAUCCGAACCUUGAAUAGCACAUUGAAGUGUAAAGAACAUGACCUGGCCAUGAUUAACCAGUUGCUGGAUGAUCCAAAGCUGACAGCCAGGAAAUACAGGGAGUGGAAGGUGAUGAACACACUGCUGAUCCAGGAUAUCUAUCAGCAACAGCGGGCCCCUACGCCUGCCCAUGAAGGCACCUCCGAGGGACUUGAGGAACCACCUUCCUCUGCCUGUGUUGAAAAUUCUAUUUGAGAACAAGCCAGCAUUCUCUCCCCUGCUAUCUUACCCCCAAGUGACUCUUCAAGAAGUUGCAAGAGCUUUCCAUCAAAGGAAAACUGAAACCAGGUCCUCAAGCAUUGGCUCCUUCUCUAAAGAAGCAAGUGAGGUGAGGACCCACUCUGACGGCAGCAGGACUCCUCGUUCCAGUUGGAGUACUUUCAUCGAGACUGGAGGGAUGGAGUCCAGUUGAACAAACUUUGUGUUCCUGCUUGGAGCUCUCGGUUAUGCUAAGCUUUAAGUGGGAAGUGAGAAGUGUAUGUUCCUUGCUCUCAAGAGAACCACGGUGUUCAAAGAACAAAGAUCACAUUUUACCAGGGAUAAUUAUUCAUAGAAAUGUUCUGUUUUCCAAAAAAGAAGAACGUACAUAGUCCCCCGGCUUCGGUAGUUUAAUUCUUCAAAUCAUUUCUUGGAGUGGAGGAAUGUGUUUCACAGCAGAAACUGGAAUGGGACAAAUGUGGUUUUUUGGAACCCAAAUCUCUCUGGAGUAGUGGUGCCUUUUCUACAAGCUGAGAAAUACUUCGUGGUGAUUGGUGUGUGGGAGAGCCCAAGGGGGAGGCAUGUUCUAUUGAGCACCCUCUCAAAGUACAGUUUGAUGUUUCUACACUUGACUCAGGGGUGGGGCAGGGAGGAUCUGAUUAAAGUUUCAUUUUCACAGAACAACUAAAGAAAUCUAUCUCAUUGUGUGUAGAGACCUCCACUUCCUCCUAGCUUUUCUAAUCCACUGCAGGAGAUAGAAAUAAGUCCACCAAGGAAUGCUUGCUGGUUUUGUCUCGGAGAGUGGUGCCUAGACACAGUGCCAACAUAUAUCCUGCCUCCCCAGAUCAAGAUGGACAAAAUAAUUCUGGUGUCUGAAUGAGUUUGAUAUCUUUACUCCAAAAACACCCAACAAAAACAACAAAAGACUUAAAAUAUGA